AUGACGCCGUACUCGAGCAUCACGGACUACCUGCAGGGCUUCCUGGACCCUGCGGGGGUGGGUGCGCACCUCGACGCGCCGUGCCGGUUCGGCGACGACGCCGUGAAGCAGGGAAUGGAGGCGGUGCCGGUGCGGUUGGUCCGCCAUGACGGCCAGGCCGGUCAGCCGGUCACGCCGAACUCGUCGGUGCUGUCGUCUUCCAGCUGCGAGGCAGGAGGUGCUGACGAGGAGCCGCGUCGCCGGUGCAAGGCAGGUAGGCCGGAGGAGGAGGAGGAAGAGGAGCAGGAGGAGGAGAUCGAUGCUGACGAGGGAUCUGCCGCCGAUCGGAACUGCAAGAGGAGCAAGGACAAGAAGGCGAGAGGCGAGAAGAAGCCGCGGGAGCCCCGCGUGGCGUUCAUGACCAAGAGCGAGGUCGACCACCUCGAGGACGGCUACCGGUGGCGCAAGUACGGCCAGAAGCCCGUCAAGAACAGCUCGUACCCGAGGAGCUACUACCGGUGCACGGCGGCGCGGUGCGGGGUGAAGAAGCGGGUGGAGCGGUCGCACCAGGACCCCUCCACGGUGAUCACCACGUACGAGGGGCAGCACACGCACCCGAGCCCCGCGAGCGUCCUCAUCAGGUGCGGCGGCGGCGGCGGGGCCUACGGCGCGCCGCCGCGGCUUGGCUUCCGCCCGGACCUGCGCGCGAUGGCCGACGACUACGCUCACGCCGCGCGCAUGACGCCGAGCAGCUUAGUAACUCCAGUCGGCGGUCCGCUCCCGCCGACGAGCCUUAUUCACGAGCUCCGCCGUUCUUCUUCGCAUCUGGCUGCGUACGGCGGCGUGCUGGACUUCAUUCCGUCGGAGAUGAGCAACGAGCAUGCAUGA